GGAUCUCGACCUCUCAGCCACAUUCAGUCAAUGCCAUCGUCAUGAUUUUUUUCAUUUUUGUCCCAAUCGGUACAGGAUAAAAACCCGAGAGUAAUGGCAAUGUGUUGCUAAGUGAUAGUUAUUUAUAUGUGAUAAUGAUGAAGGUGGAAUGGGUGUUACUUAUUAUUUUUAUAUUUUGUGUCGAUUAUUCAUUCAGCAAUCCUGAUGCAAAAAGACUGUAUGACGAUCUACUAAGCAAUUACAAUAGACUGAUCAGGCCAGUUAGUAAUAAUACAGACACUGUUUUAGUGAAGUUAGGAUUGAGAUUAUCCCAGUUGAUUGAAUUGAAUUUGAAAGACCAGAUUCUAACGACCAAUGUUUGGUUAGAACAUGAAUGGCAAGAUCAUAAGUUCAUGUGGGAUCCACAGGAAUAUGGGGGAGUUACGGAGUUGUAUGUACCAUCAGAACAUAUAUGGCUACCAGAUAUAGUUCUAUAUAAUAAUGCUGAUGGAGAAUAUGUGGUAACAACGAUGACGAAAGCCGUCUUGAGGCAUACGGGAAAGGUUCUUUGGACUCCUCCGGCUAUCUUCAAAUCUUCUUGUGAGAUUGAUGUGAGAUAUUUUCCUUUCGACCAACAAACUUGCUUCAUGAAAUUCGGCUCAUGGACCUACGAUGGCAACCAGAUCGAUUUGAAACAUAUCAAUCAAAAAGUGGGAGAAGAUAAAGUUGAAGUUGGAAUCGACUUGAGAGAGUAUUACCCAAGCGUCGAGUGGGAUAUCCUGGGAGUACCGGCAGAGAGGCACGAAAAAUAUUAUCCUUGUUGUGCUGAACCCUAUCCUGAUAUCUUCUUCAACAUCACAUUGAGAAGAAAGACUCUCUUCUACACAGUAAAUCUCAUAGUACCUUGCGUCGGUAUUUCGUACCUGUCAGUCCUUGUGUUCUAUCUUCCUGCUGACUCUGGGGAGAAGAUCGCCCUGUGUAUCAACAUACUGCUCUCACAAACAAUGUUUUUUUUACUGAUAUCGGAAAUCAUUCCAUCAACAUCUUUAGCUCUACCGCUUCUGGGAAAAUAUAUCCUCUUCACCAUGGUCAUGGUAGGGUUCUCGGUUGUGAUCACGAUCAUAAUACUGAACGUGCAUUACAGAAAACCUAGCACCCACAAGAUGGCGCCUUGGGUCAGAAGUUUCUUCAUCAAGAGCGUGCCGAAGUUGUUACUGAUGCGAGUGCCAAAAGACCUUUUGACUGAAUUAGCCGCCAAUAAGAUUUCAAUGAACAGAUUGUCCAUGAAGAAGAGAAAUAUGGAUACCAUGCCUUCUAGUAGAUCGUCGUCUUCCAGUACGUCCAGCUCAUCUAUGAACAGACCUAGUGGGUGUAAUGGCUUACACUCCACAACAAGCACUAGGAGGACCAAGACUGGGGUUUUGUAGCUAUGGUUUUAGAUCGCCUUUUUCUCUGGAUUUUCAUCAUAGCAUCGAUAGCAGGGACAAUCUCUAUUUUAUGUGAAGCACCAGCUCUGUACGAUGAUACUAAACCUAUCGAUAUGGAGUUAUCAUCGGUUGCUCAGCAGCAGUUUUUACCCGACUUUGAGAAUAUGCAAUAAUUAAUUAUGGUACUGCAGUAACAAAUAAUUCCUUACGAUUCUUGUUCCAGAUUAAAUAUGUUGGAAUUUUUCCAAACUGAAUUUCUAGAUAUAUUUGCUGCUUUCCAUUCAUUUUCAAACGUUCCAGAAAAGGGACUGAUGUUUUUCCCACGAUUGGUGUGGAAAAUUGGUUGAUGCAAUUCCAGAAAUGAUAUAAUUGAUAUGGGGAGUUACAGUAGAAAAAAGCGAGUUUUCUCAAUACUACACAAAAUAUGUAGUCAAUUGAAGGAACAAACUCAAACACACAUAUAAAACUGUUUGAAGAGUUUUUAAAUGAAUUUGUCAUUGAAAAUGAUCCAAUUUUAAGAUUACUCAAUGACUUUUUAUAAAUUUGGUGCUCAGUAUUUUCGAAAGUAUUUAUACGGAAUGAAAAAUGAAGUGAUGGCAUUAGGAACUCUGAUUUCUCGUCAUCGUCGAUUGAUGUCAAGUAAGAAAUAGCAAUCAAUACCGAUUUUUCAGAUGAUGGAAACACAAUAGUUCAUUCAAAUAUAUUCUAUUUUCAGUUUGGAAGACAUGAAAAAUAUUUAGAAAUAACUCUGAUUGUGAAUACUCUCCAUUAAUAUUAACAUUUGAAAUGUUAUGAUUAUGUUCAAGUACUCAUGUUGAAUAAAGUGGAAUUGUUCUGGAUGUAGCAGUUUUACCCCUUAUAGGUUGUUU